AGGGGAUGGCUUUUGUUCUAUGGACACUAGCAUCGUAUAUCUGCAUUGUCUUGACAUCUUGGCUCUUGGCUUGGACAGUUUAUUAUGAUCUCACACGGACCCACAUCCCUCCAGGAAUAAAAGAGCAUGCGAAACUACGAGCAUUUAAUUUACUAUUGAAUUUUACCUUUGGGCUGGGGCUCUUUCUGGAGAAACUUGGCAUUUGCAGUCAGACUAAACUCAUGAGGAUUGCAUUUGAUGGAGUCCCACCAAAGAAGGAUUCAAGGUUGCUCAUCAAGGACCUGUUUUUUGAACAUGUGCCGGUAAGGGUUUACUGGCCCAACUCACCAUCACCCGCGGGGAACAGGAGAGGACUAAUUUAUAUCCAUGGAGGAGUUGGUCAAGUUGGAAGCAUUCGAGCCUAUGAGAGGGUGUGCCGCCACUUGGCCAGAAAAAGCCAUUCGGUGGUUGUGAACGUUGGAUAUCGCUUAUCCCCGGAAUAUCCGCCUCCAAUUCAGUCUCAGGACUGCUUGACGGCUGCGGUACACUUUUUGCAGAAUGCAAAGGAUUACGGAGUGGACCCUAACUGCAUCGUCGUUGGCGGAGACAGCAGCGGAGCGACAGGCGCCGCAGCACUUUGCCAGGAGCUGGUGGACAGAGCAGAUCUCCCAAGGGUCCGAGCCCAGGUCUUGAUUUAUCCAUUCCUCCAGGCGAUAGACUUUAACUUGCCAUCCUAUCAGCAAAACCAUUCUGUCCCCAUUUUGUUCAAGAAACGGGCUAUCACUCUAGGUUUCAAGUAUUUCAGAGUAAAGACCAAUGAUAUCGCACGAAUUAUGAAGAAUGCCCACGUCCCUGAAGAACUGAGGGUGAAAUACAAGAAAUGGGUCAGCGCUGAUCACAUUCCAGAUGAGUUUAAGGCCAGGAGCUACGUGCACACAGCACCAGCCCCAUUUUCAGAAGAACUUUAUGAAUUGACCAAACCAGCUCUGGAGACAUGGUUUUCCCCACUUUUAGCUGAAGAUGAGAUCAUACGCCAGCUCCCUGAGACCUUCCUUUUGACUUGCGAGUAUGAUGUUCUCAGGGACGAUGGACUGUUGUACAAGAAACGGCUGGAGGACAACGGCGUUCCUGUCACUUGGCAUCACCUUAAAGAUGGUUUCCAUGGAAUAGCCUUUUUAAUUGACUUUGGGCCAUCUGAGUUCCGAAGCACACGAAGUGGUAUGAAGAAUAUAAUACAUUUUCUACAUGGAUUAUCAAAAUAAUCCACUUCCCUCUGCAGAGAUACAGCCUUCCUUUGAUGGCAUAAACCUUUUAGAUGUCGCUAUUUAUUUUUUAAGCGUUCUCUGAAUUAUUUUGAAUAAAGCAAAACUGAACUUCUGAAUACUUGGAAGACAGGAUAAAAUCUAGCG